CAUGAAAUACUUCUACGUUCUCCCAGCCUUAUUCUUUGCGACAAAGGUCGUCGCUUUUCCAGACUAUGCCUCAUUGGCCGGCCUCAGCGAGCGGGAAUUGGAAGCCAUCGUUCCUACUCUCGAGGCUCGAGAGCCAGCACCACCUCCUGGACCUCUUGAGGACGCCUCUGCCAAAUUGGUGAACGAUGAGGCUCACCCAUGGAAACCCCUUAGACCAGGCGACAUCCGUGGACCUUGCCCUGCUCUCAAUGCUUUGGCGUCUCAUGGGUAUCUCCCCAGAAACGGCGUCGCAACCCCAGUGCAAAUAAUCAACGCAGUCCAGGAAGGAUUCAAUUUUGCCAAUGGUGCCGCGAUUUUCGCGACAUAUCUGGCACACCUUGUAGACGGCAAUCUCAUCACGGACUUGCUGAGCAUUGGACGCAAGACGCGUCUCACUGGGCCCGAUCCCCCACCCCCUGCUACAGUUGGUGGACUCAAUACCCAUGAGGUCUUCGAAGGCGAUGCUAGCUUGACCAGAGGCGACGCAUUUUUCGGCAACAACCAUGAUUUCAAUGAGACGCUCUUCCAACAGAUGGUCGACUACAGUAACCAAUUUGGAGGAGGAAAGUACAAUCUGACCGUCGCGGCGGAGUUCCGGUUCAAGCGCAUUCAAGACUCGAUUGCGACCAACCCCGAAUUCUCUUUCGUCGACUAUAGAUACGCUACCGCCUACGGACAGUCCGUCUUCCCUAUCAACCUUUUCGUGGAUGGGCGCAGGAACGACGGCCAGUUGGGUCUAGACGCCGCGCGCGGAAUUUUCCAAUUCGGCCGGUUGCCUGACGACUUCUUCCGUGCGAAUGGACCGAGGAGUGGCGAAGGAACCGACGUGCUCCUACAGGCUCAUCCUGUGCAGCCCGGAAGAAAUUCCGGACAAGUCAAUAGCUACGCCGUUGAUCCAACAUCCGGCGACUUGACCACCCCCUGCAUAUCGUAUGAGAACUUCGUCAGCCAAACAGUCAAGGGACUCUACCCGAAUCCAACGGGACAGCUUCGCAAAGCACUUCUGACGAAUCUCGAUUUCUUCUGGAGGGGAGUAAACAUCACUGCUGGAUGUGCCCAGAUAUUCCCAUAUGGGCAGGAUUG